AUGGCAAGCUCCCCGCAGAAGUCUCCUUCUUCCCCCAAGUCCCCCACCCCGAAGUCCCCCCCCUCCAGAAAGAAGGAUGACUCCUUCCUGGGCAAGCUCGGCGGCACGCUGGCCAGGAGGAAAAAAGCCAAAGAAGUGUCUGAAUUACAGGAAGAAGGAAUAAAUGCCAUUAACUUACCUCUCAGUCCCAUUCCAUUCGAACUAGACCCUGAGGACACUAUGCUAGAGGAGAAUGAAGUCCGAACAAUGGUGGAUCCAAAUUCAAGAAAUGAUCCAAAAUUACAAGAACUGAUGAAGGUACUAAUUGACUGGAUUAAUGAUGUGUUGGUAGGAGAGAGGAUUAUUGUGAAAGACUUGGCUGAAGACCUGUAUGAUGGACAAGUUUUGCAGAAAUUAUUUGAGAAGCUUGAAAGUGAGAAGCUGAAUGUUGCAGAAGUUACUCAGUCUGAAAUUGCUCAGAAACAGAAGCUACAGACAGUGCUUGAAAAGAUCAAUGAAACCCUUAAACUGCCUCCAAGAAGCAUUAAGUGGAACGUUGACUCUGUUCAUGCUAAAAGUCUCGUAGCGAUACUUCAUCUUCUGGUUGCAUUAUCUCAGUAUUUUCGAGCACCAAUCCGACUCCCUGACCAUGUAUCCAUUCAGGUGGUUGUUGUGCAGAAAAGAGAAGGAAUCCUCCAGUCUCGACAAAUCCAAGAGGAAAUAACUGGUAACACUGAGGCAUUAUCAGGAAGGCAUGAAAGAGAUGCAUUCGACACUUUAUUUGACCAUGCCCCAGACAAGCUCAAUGUAGUGAAAAAGACUCUCAUCACCUUUGUGAACAAGCAUCUGAAUAAAUUGAAUUUGGAGGUGACUGAACUGGACACGCAGUUUGCAGAUGGAGUGUACUUAGUCCUGCUAAUGGGUCUCCUGGAAGGAUAUUUUGUUCCCCUGCACAGCUUUUUCUUGACUCCUGAUAGUUUUGAGCAAAAGGUUGUCAAUGUGACCUUUGCAUUCGAGCUCAUGCAGGAUGGUGGAUUGGAAAAACCAAAGCCAAGACCAGAAGAUAUUGUAAAUUGUGACUUGAAGUCUACACUGAGAGUACUGUACAAUUUGUUUUCCAAAUACAGGAACGUGGAGUGA